UUUACCUUUCCUGAUGUAUUUUUCUGGAUUCAGAACCUUCCUCCAGUCUCAGAAUGGAGUCCAGCCUCAGGUUCCAUGACCUUAUGCUUAUGUUCUUCAAGUUCGUCCCAGCCUUCUCUUAAUCUCACCAUAGCCAGAAGUCUCCAAUCUUCAAAACUCUUUUUCGCCAUUAUCGCAGACUUCAAGAUCCCUGUAACUCUCUGGACCUCUAAACGAUUCAAGCCCAGCUCUCAUACUAAAUCCAUCAAGCUAUUGGACGAAUCAACUACCUCCCAUGUUCUUGUCAACUUCAUUGAAGCCAUCCUUCAUUACGGUUCUAACAAAAACAGCCCUUCCUUGAAGUUUCCCAAACUGGAUUCCAUUUCCGACCUCCCAGACAUAUUCAACCUUGCAUUUCUCACCCUCUUGUUCCUGGUUAUUAUAUAUGAAGCUCCAGAAGAUUUACGUAUUGGAUGCGUUAGCACGAUUAAGAACCACUUGGCAGUUUCUGAUCAAUCGAGAGAAGCGUCGAAACUUCUGAUGAAGCUAUUGGGAUCAAACUUGGAAGAGCUGUGGAUGCGUUCUGUGAAUCUGGCGAUCACAAACUGCGUGGUGGAGCUGAGAACAGUGAAUCAGAGUAGCUGCAGAACACCUUGUCCGUUGUUCUCUUGUGCUUUUUCAACUUUUGGGUUGUGGAAAGUUCAGCUGUACUGCCCUGUCAUAGCCAUGGACGUAGAGAAUUCUAAUAACCAUGGUGCUGAUGAGAGGCUUCAAUUCUCUCUCAGAUACCACCAGCUUGAAGGUGUUCUUCAGUUCAAUUACAAGGUUACAGUUCAAGAGAAGUGGGUUGACAUCGUGGUUAGCAUUGACAACAUAAGAUGUGACGUUGUGAAACUUGUGAACGAGACCCUUCUGAGAGGACGAGGAAUAGGAGCAGGGGAAAAACAUUUCCCUUCAAGGAUAUGCCUGGAACUCACACCCACACUCCAAAACCAAGUGUUGAGUCUAUCAGUGAGCAAAUCCACAGAUAAUCCACGAAGAGAGAUAGGUAUAGACAAGAGCAUCGAAGCUUCACUGGAGCCAAACAAUCCCUUGGGACUCAAGGUAUCGGCCGGAGAGACAGCGACGGUGAGCCUGAAGCCAUGGAAGUUCGAAGAAUCCAUGAACGGCUACAGUGCGAACCUGAACUGGUUUCUUCACGACAGCAUAAACGGGAAAGAAGUGUUCUCGUCCAAGCCUUCCAAAUGCGCGUUGCUCAACCCUAGGUCGUGGUUCAGAGACAGGUAUUCGAGUGCUUACAGGCCAUUCACGAGGCAAGGAGGGAUCAUAUUUGCAGGCGAUGAGUACGGAGACAGUGUGAUGUGGAAAGUGGAUAAAGGUGCUAUUGGGAAGACGAUGGAGUGGGAGAUCAGGGGUUGGAUUUGGUUGACCUAUUGGCCUAACAAACACAAAACGUUCUACAGUGAAACUCGGAGGUUCGAGUUCAGAGAAACUGUUGAUCUCCACGUCGCUUAAUUAGCUUUCAAAAUAAUGAUAUAUUGAUAUAAGAUGACUUUAUUUUUAAUUUUCAUCUAGCUAUUUGUUGCCCACAUAAAAGUGGAAAAAUUCUAAUGAUUUUA